UAGGUGAUGCCAUCGAGGCACAGCUAAAGGCAAUAAUUAGAACGCUUCAUUCCAAAUUUGUUCCAAUGAAAAAAAUACAUUUGACGGUCUAGCACCUGUGAAAAAAUGUAGAUGCUCAUAUUUUGAGUUUACAUUCAGUUGAAAGUCGAAGGAACAAGUAAUAAUGUAAGAAUAAUAACACAGGGCAGCUGUGGCGAAGGAUGCCUCCUGAGGUCCACGAUCAUCUCGAGUCUUGAGCGUGUUCAGCUCCAGGUUGUGUCGGCCGCACCAAAGCUCACUUCCUGUCGAUAUGGAGACUCUUCACCGUCUUUGAUGAGGCCGAUGACUGUGGUGUCGUCUGCAAACUUCAGGACCUUGACAGCCGGGUGCGUGGAGAAGCAGUCGUUCGUGUAGAGAGAGAAGAGUAGCGGCAAGAGGACACAUCCUUGGGGGGCCCCGGUGCUGAUAGUGCAUGUGGAUGAGGUGGUGUCCCCCAGCCUCACCUGCUGUGUCCUGCCCGUCAGGAAGCUGUAGAUCCACCAGCAGAUGGCAGGAGGAGAGGAGUUCGAGGAUGAUGGUGUUGAACGCGGAGCUAAAGUCCACGAAUAGGAUCCUCGCGUAGGUCCCCGCGCCGUCGAGGUGUCAAAUGCAGUGCCGUGUUGACUGGGUCAUCCGCAGACCUGUUUGCUCGGUAGGCAAACUGCAGAGGGUCCAGCAGGGGUCCUGUGAUGCUCUUGAGGUGGUCCAGCACGAGGCGUUCAAAGGACUUCAUGACCACAGAUGUCAGGGCGACAGGCCUGUAGUCAUUCAGACCCGAGAUUGCAGGUUUCUUGGGGACUGGGAUGACAGUGGAACGUUUGAAACAGUUCCAGAGAUCGAUUGAAGACCUCUGUGAAAACUGGAGCAAGCUGGCCCACGCAGGAUGGGGACACAAGGCCCGGGCCCGCCGCUUUGUUGUUCUUUGGUUGUUUGAACAUGCGUCUCACAUCCUGUUCGUGGAUGGUCAACACAGAAGGGGGAGUCAGAGGUGUGAUGGUGGUCUGGGCUGUGAAAGCGUCCUUUUAAAAUCUGCAGUGUGUGUUCAAGUCAUCAGGCAGUCCUUUAUUGUUCUCUGGUUUUUUUUUGGGGGGGGGGGGGCGCAGGUAAUUGGUUAGCGAUUGUAAUCCUCACCAGAAUGACGCGGAGUCGUUAGCAGAAAACUGGCUCUCAAGCUUUUCUGCAUAAUUUCCCUUGGCGAUGUUAAUUUCUUUUGUCACCUGGUUUCUGUACAGGGCCCCGUCCCCACUCCUAACUGCUAACUAAUCAUUUUAAGUGUUGUGUGUGUGUAUGUGUGUGUGCCACAGCUGUUCAACUCAUAUUGCACACUGAAUGCCAUUGCUGGCUUCUCGGUAAAUUGGAUGUAUGAAAUAGAAACAAAAGAAGGGUAUAGUGACUUUUGGGACUCCCUAUAUUAUUGCAUGUUUCCAAUCAAAACAUUUGAAGCUGUGUGUGUUGAAAAACGACAUAAUAAACGGCUGGGAUGACCUGCAUGCGUUUGGGUUUGUUGAUUUUUGACGUCAUCUGAUGUUGUGCAGCCUGUAAUCCAAUCAGGGAAGGAGAGAGUUUAAUCCAAGUUAAUCCCACAUCCCGAGAUAGAGAGAAACCUACGAGGAUAGGCAGCGGUAAUCUCUGACCGCAACCCCGUUAAACAGCUCAUCUGGGAUCCCUCCCCACGGAGACGCCCUCCCGGAGGCAGGGGCGGGACUUGGGAGAGACGAGUCCCUCGGCUUGAUGGAGCAGCGAAGAAAGACGCCGGGAAGCUGAGGGACAAGAGUCGCCUUGCGGAGGUCACCAAAUCAGCAGAAAGCCGACGAGUCGGAACAUCGGGUGAGUGCUCCAUAUGAACGACACGGGCCUUUGUGGGGCCCCGAGCACAAAUUGAUUUGGGGGGCCCCCCUCCCGCCACCGCGUGCCACCUCGGCUUGACCACUACCCAUACAAGUCAUGCAGGGUUGUUUUCAUAGAAAUUCAAUUCGAGAACGGUCAAGGCAUGGCCCGCUGCAUAUACUUUAGAAAAACAAUUCAUCUCAAUGACAUAACUAUUUGAAUUAUUGGAAGUUGUUUUCAUUCAAAAGGUCAUAAUUGUUCCUAAGAAAAAAAAUAUUCUAAAGUCAUAUUUUUCACACUUUGAAUGCCAAAAUGUCAUUGCCGUUAUGUGUCUGAAAUGAAGUUUCAUGAUUUGCAACAUGUUUUUGAAGAUGCUAAUGACAUUUUUGGAUGUAUCGGAUUUCUGUCCUAUUGCUUAAGUUAUCUUUUCCAUGAAAAAUAACACAAAUGGAUUUUCGUGUUGAAAGUGUUCCUAUUUUUUUUUUUUUUACUUCUUUUACAAACGCUGCUUCUUUAUCGUCAAGCUGUCUUUAUCAUUAUUGCCACGGGAGAGGGCCUCAUUAUCCAAGAUGCAUGUCAUUGUACAACCCCAGUUCCAAUAAAGUUUUAACAUUGUGUUAAACAUAAAUAAAAACAGAAUACGAUGAUUUGCAAAUCAUGUUCGACCUAUAUUUAAAUGAAUACACUACAAAGACAAGAUAGUUAAUGUUCAAACUCAUGAACUUUAUUGUUUUUAGCAAAUAAUCAUGAACUUGGAAUUUUAUGGCUGCAACACGUUCCAAAAGAGCUGGGACAGGCUCAUGUUUACCAUUGUGUUACAUCAGCUUUUCUUUUAACAACAUUCAAUAAACGUUUGGGAACUGAGGACACUCAUUAAUGAAGCUUUGUAGGUGGAAUUCUUUCCCAUUCUUGCUCAAUGUACAGCUUCACCUGUUCAACAGUCCGGGGUCUCCCUUGUCGUAUUUUACGCUUCAUAAUGCGCCACGCAUUUUCAAUGGGAGACAGGUCUGGACUGCAGGCAGGCCAGUCUCGUACCCGCACUCUUUUACUACGAAGCCACGCUGUUGUAACACAUGCAGAAUGUGGUUUGGCAUUGUCUUGCUGAAAUGAGCAGGGGCGUCCAUGAAAAACAUUGCUUGGAUGGCAGCGUAUGUUUCUCCAAAACCUGUAUGUACCUUUCAGCAUGAAUGGGGCCUUCACAGAUGUGUGAGUUACCCAUGCCAUUGGCACUAAGACAGCCCCAUACCAUCACAUAUGCUGGCUUUUGAACUUUGCGUCCAUAACAGUCCGGAUGGUUCUUUUCCUCUUUGGCCCGGAGGACACGAUGUCCACAAUUUCCAAAAACAAUUUGAAAUGUGGACUCGUCGGACCACAGAACACUUUUCCACUUUGCAUCGGUCCAUCUUAGAUGAGCUCGGGCCCAGAGAAGCCGGCGGCGUUUCUGAGUGUUGUUGAUAAAUGGCUUUUGCUUUGCACAGUAGAGUUUCAAGUUGCACUUACGGAUGUAGCGCCGAACUGUAUUUACUGACAUUGUUUUUCUGAAGUGUUCCUGAGCCCAUGCGGUGAUAUCCUUUACACAUCGAUGUCGGUUUUUGAUGCAGUGCUGCCUGAGGGAUCGAAGGUCACGGCCUCGCCGCUUACAUGCAGUGAUUUCUCCAGAUUCUCGGAACCUUUUGAUGAUAUUAUGAACCGUAGAUGAUGAAAUCCCUAAAUUCCUUGCAGUUGUACGUUGAGGAACAUUGUCCUUAAACUGUUGGACUAUUUUCUCACGCACUUGUUCACAAAGAGGUGACCCUCGCCCCAUCUUUGCUUGUGAAUGACCGAGCAAUUGAGGGAAGCUCCUUUUCUAGCCAAUCACGGCACCCACCUGUUCCCAAUGAGCCCGUUCACCUGUGGACUGUUCCAAACACGUGUUUGAUGAGCAUUCCUCAACUUUCUCUGUUGUUUUUGCCACCUGUCCCAGCUUUUUGGGAACCUGUUGCAGCCAUAAAAUUCCAAGUUAAUGAUUAUUUGCUAAAAACAAUAAAGUUGAUCAGUUUGAACAUGAAAUAUAGGUUGAACAUGAUUUGCAAAGCAUUGUAUUCUGUUUUUAUUUAUGUUUAACACAACGUCCCAAGUUCAUUGGAAUUGGGGUUGUAUGAAAAGUCUCUAUAAUAAAUAAAGUUUGAUUUGUUUAUGUUGUUGCAAUACACCAGAGGGAUCUGUGUGCUGACGUGCCAGGAUGUGGCGGCCAUUUUGCACUCACACAAUAGCAGACAGCAGGAUAAAUGCUGUUAUAUCUGCGAUAUGAAUGAAUAUGUAUGAAUUUGAUGUUUGCUUCAUCUCUGUUUAAAAAAAAAAAAAUCGUCACCAUUUUCAGUGGGGCUUAGUGGUCAGGGGCCACAAGCAGCAUUCGCCUAGUCCGCACGUAGUCGUCGACGUGUGUUUCCACCGUCACGCGUGCUUUUUGCAGGAUGGGGUACGACCUGGAGAGGUUCGUGGGCUUCGUGAACGAGGGCCUCCUGUGCUGCGUGUGUCGCGACGUGUUACAGCGCCCCCUCCAGGCGCCCUGCGAGCACGCCUUCUGCAGCGCCUGCAUCAGCAGCUGGCUGCUCCAUCACCGCACGUGUCCCGAGGACAGGCAGCCGCUGGACGUGGGCGCCCUCAAGCCUCUCUACAGGUACAUGCGCAACGAUCUGAGCCGUCUGCAGAUCCGCUGCGUGAAUGCCGGCCAGGGCUGCGAGGCGGUGUGCUCGCUGGAGGGCCUGCACACGCACGAGGACGAGUGCGACUUUGCCUUUGUAUCGUGCGCCAACCCGGGUGGCGACUACAUUUGUCAACGUUGCGGGUGUCCCGCGCAGGUGGAGAGGCGAGCUAUGGAGGCUCACCUGUCAGGAUGUAACUUCUGCAGCCGCGAGUGUCCCAACGGCUGCGGCCACACUCUCCUCUCCAUCGAGCAGUCGCAGCACAACUGCGUGGCGGACCUGCGGGCCGAAGUGGAAAUGUUGCGGGUGGAGAUGCUGUGCAAGGUGGACGAGGUGAGACGGGAGAUGGAGUCUCGCUUGGACUCGCAGAGGAGACACAUGGUGCAGAAGGAGUCGCAACUCAAGAACGAAGUCGAGGAGGUGAAGCGAAAGCUUCAUGCCUUUCGUGUGCAGGGCCAGUUGUCGCGCAUAAUGUGUGACGUGCGCGCCCUGCUUGGAGCGGAACGGCUCAGGCGACAAGAGCUAGCAGAGGUGGACCUGGAGAAGAGGGAACUGCUGGAGCUCCUCAGAGACCCGCACCCCGCCAGGAGCCAGCAGUCUGUCGACCCGACGGGCCGAGACCAGGUCCGGGGGGACCGGCCGACACCCGAAUGGGAACUCGGCCAAGAGCCGCUACGGCGCCAGCGGAGGGAGGCGUCUUUACAUCUAUCCAGUCUCUCGCUUCACUCGACUCCGGCUUUAAACGGAUCCGCCGGUCCUCCUUCACCUCAGACGAGUGAAGGUGCACGCAAGAGCGGAACCCGGAGUCUGACGCUGGAUUGCAUCAAGAAGAAGAGCCGUGAGGUCACCGUGAUCUGAGUAGACGGAACCCAAGACUAGCCAAUAAGGAUAGAUCCUUAGAAGUCCAUGAAAUAAAUUCACAAAUACCAACCAGGCCCCACGAUUAGCUAAUGCACAUACGCAUAACAAUAUGGACGGGAAUAAAUGCAAGUAAAGAGCAACAUUUAGCUUGAUAAUAAUAAGUCCUUUUGUAAAUCGUAACAAAUGUAAUCGCCGCGAUAAACGUGGGAUUACGGCACUGAGAAUGAGAUGUGUUUGAAAGGUUUUUGUAUGCAAAUCUACUUUAGUCGAAUUGUUUGUUGUUUGACCUGUGAAUAAACUGAUUCAUUUUGUGGCCUGGC